CGGCUAGCCUGUAGGUGGGUGUGUUUAACAGAAGGAAGCAAUGGAAACCUGCCUGUCAGCCAGCCUUUAGAGCUAAUUAGCUCAGCACACAACAAAGAUAAGUGAGCCUGGGAGGAGGGCCCCCCGAGGGGUCUUUAGAGUCUGGGAAAUGUCUGAUUGGCAGAUGUUAAAAGGGAUUCUUUGGUAAUCCUGUGCAUCAAUGAGCUGCACAAAUUCAGUCCAGGACUGCAAGAAUCCAGGCAUGAGGACACUGUGCAGCAGGCUCACACAGGCAGACCCAAGAUGGACAGAACCUUGGAAUCCCUGAGACACAUCAUUGCCCAAGUCCUGCCUCACAGAGACCCAGCUCUAGUCUUCAAAGACUUGAACGUUGUGUCGAUGUUGCAGGAAUUCUGGGAAAGCAAGCAGCAGCAGAGGGCUGCAUUCCCCAGUGAAGGUGUGGUGGUAUAUGAGUCACUGCCAUCUCCUGGGCCUCCCUUUGUGAGUUAUGUGACCCUUCCAGGGGGAAGCUGCUUCGGCAACUUUCAGUGCUGCUUAAGUAGAGCUGAGGCCAGGCGGGAUGCAGCUAAGGUGGCCCUAAUCAACUCCCUCUUCAAUGAGCUGCCCUCUCGAAGGAUCACCAAGGAAUUCAUUAUGGAGAGCGUGCAGGAAGCAGUUGCCUCCACCAGUGGCACCUUGGACGACGCUGACGACCCCAGCACCAGCAUCGGCGCCUAUCACUACAUGCUGGAGUCCAAUAUGGGGAAGACCAUGCUGGAAUUUCAGGAGCUGAUGACCAUUUUCCAACUACUACACUGGAAUGGGAGCCUAAAAGCCCUUCGCGAAACAAAGUGUUCCCGACAGGAAGUUAUCUCCUACUAUUCCCAGUAUUCGCUGGAUGAAAAGAUGCGCAGCCACAUGGCCCUGGACUGGAUCAUGAAGGAGCGGGAGUCUCCAGGAAUUCUGUCUCAAGAGCUGCGAAUGGCUCUGAGGGAGCUGGAGGAAGCCAGGAAAGCAGGACAAGAACUACGGUUUUACAAAGAGAAGAAAGAAAUCCUGAGUUUAGCUCUGACUCAGAUCUACAGCGAUCCUGACACUCCCUCGCCCAGUGAUGACCAGCUGAGCCUCACGGCCCUCUGUGGCUAUCACUAGCAAGGCCAGGGUCCAAGUACCAGAGGCUGGCGGAGGCCAGACUCUCACAUCAGGAACCCAAUUGAAGGAGGUUUACAGAGGCUUUCGCCCCUAUAGCUAAUACCUGAAGGCUGUACUAAUCCUCUCCGCCCAUUCCAUUCACAGAAUCUGAGAGCAGUCAGGCCCUUUUAGGAGGCAGUGUUUUUCAUCACACUCACAAUAGUUCUACCUCAGAAGGAAAGGAUGGAGACAGGUAGUUUGAAAAAUAUUUGCGAGGGCUUGCUCCAACCUAAGGGCUGGUUGAUAUGUGACUUGCUAGAUUAUAUAAUUUGUUUCAAAGAAUGGGUCAGGGUAGCAUCCCCCCAAAGAACAUCAGUGAGGACUAGGGGGGAAAGCAUGAUAGCAAUUUUCAUUAAAUAAAAAACAUGGAUUGGAAUUAAAUAAAAAUAUGGAUUGUUUAAAAAAAAUAUUCAAAUUUCAGGAUUUCUUUCUAAACUUUGUAAGCUAAAAGAGCGUACACUCUACAGGCUGUAAUCCAAAACCACAGGGGGCAUUUUAUCUGGACAUCCCACUAUCAAAGAUCUUGAAAUGGUAAUAGUAUGAAACUACCAAAAAAAAUUAAUGUGGUUUAAAAUGCUCUUGUGAUAACUUUUGUUAA